UGUGUGUGCGAGGGGCUUUCAGGAGCUCCUGUGUUCACUGGGGCAGGCUGUAGGGCUGCGUUACACCUCUCUCUCAUUCCAUCUCUCCCUCCAUCCAACCAUUCCUCUACACCACUUUUACUAGGUGGAAUUUUCGGGGCUGCGCACAUAGCCCCCAUCCCCCUUUGGAUUCCCUACCGUUUCUGUCCCGGCUUGAAGGAGAAGACGGGGAGAGCGGGAGAAAGCAAGAGAAGAGAGGAUUUCGUGCUGAGGAGAGAGAGAGGGAUAGGAGAGAGGGAUCAUGACUGGACUCUCGGCUGUGUUGAAGAGCUGGGUCGUCCUGCAGACUCUGUGCCUGGCUCUGGCCCAAGUGAGCGGUCCUCCAGGACCUCAGGGCAAUCCCGGCCUGCCUGGGCCCUCUGGCACCCCCGGGUCCGACGGCAUUGAUGGGGAGAAAGGACCUCCUGGUCCUCCUGGCCCACAAGGCUUGAAGGGGGAGCCAGGUGAACCUGGUCCAGAUGGAGCUCCAGGAGAGAACGGCAUUGACGGUUUGAUUGGAGCAAAGGGAGAUCGGGGUCCUGUCGGGAACCCUGGACCUAAGGGCCAGCCUGGGCCUGGUGGUGAACCUGGACCCACUGGACCUGGACUGCCUGGGCUGGCUGGAGCCCCGGGCCCAAUCGGCCUUCCCGGUAAAAUUGGACAGACUGGAUCUCAGGGCAUAUUGGGAGCACCUGGACCUCCAGGAAUUCCAGGACCCCCAGGAAAACCAGGACCUCCAGGGAAGUUCUUGGGAGGAGAAGAGGGCAGCGCAGACUUCCAGUGUCCAAUCAACUGUCCAGCAGGGCCUAAGGGUCCCCAGGGACUGCAGGGGGUCAAGGGACACAAAGGUCGUGCUGGUGUGCUGGGAGAGCCUGGUAGCAUUGGGAAACUGGGUACGAAGGGAGAGGUCGGCGUCUCUGGGGAACAGGGAAUCCCAGGACCCCCGGGUCCUAUGGGAUUGAGGGGUUACCCUGGAAUGAUGGGCCCCAAGGGAGAGGUGGGACCUCGUGGUUACAAGGGCAUCAACGGACCAGUUGGCCAACCUGGACCCCCAGGUGAGGAGGGACCCCAGGGACCACCUGGAGAGGCUGGGAAGAAAGGAGAUUUGGGUGGCCGAGGUAUCAAGGGCCCACAGGGAGCCGUUGGCAAGAAGGGAGAGAACGGUCUGCCUGGUAUUGAUGGAAAGGACGGCACUCCUGGCAUCCCUGGAAUCAAGGGUGCCCCAGGGCAGGCUGGGAGGCCUGGUGGUCCCGGUCACCAGGGAACAGCAGGUUUGCCUGGCAGCCCCGGAACCAAGGGUGGACCUGGAGGAAAGGGAGAGCCUGGUCCCAGAGGCCAUGUUGGAAUGUCUGGUGCCCCAGGACCUCAGGGUGAACCUGGUCUUCCUGGUGAAGCUGGUAUGGAGGGUGUUCCUGGUCCUAAGGGUGACAGAGGCCAGAGGGGAGCUGUAGGGCCACAGGGUAUUGUCGGCAAGGCGGGCAACAAGGGUAUGAGAGGACCCAUGGGUGUUCCAGGGGCUCAAGGCAUCUCAGGAACUAAGGGGGACAAGGGAUUCCAAGGAAAAGUUGGGGCGAAGGGAGACUUUGGGGAUCCUGGUGUAGAAGGCUUGGCUGGGGAGAAAGGAGAGAAGGGUUUGGGUGGUGAGCCUGGACCUAAAGGACAGCAAGGAGUGAGGGGAGAGCUAGGGUUCAACGGCCCAACAGGAGACUCAGGUAAACCAGGAGACCAGGGACCAGGAGGACUGCCCGGGCCUCGUGGCCUCAACGGAGAGAGAGGACUGCCAGGCAUGCCAGGAAUCGUGGGGGCAGCAGGACGGGAUGCAUCAGACCAGCACAUCAUUGAGGUGGUUCUGAAGAUGCUGCAAGAGCGUCUGGCGGCUGUAGCGGUGAGCGCUAAGCGUGCCGUACUGGGUGGAGCCGGUGUCAUGGGUCCCCCUGGUCCUCCUGGACCCCCAGGAGCUCCCGGUGGUCAGGGCCCACACGGCCUCACCGGGGCCCGUGGCAUCCCUGGCAUGUUUGGAGUCUCCGGACAGAUCGGCAACACCGGACUGAAAGGAAAGAGAGGAGCAAAGGGAGACCGAGGAAAUUCUGGCAAACCACAUCCUGGCCAGCCAGGACCCCCUGGAAUACCAGGUCCUCCUGGUAUUGACGGUGUGGCUCGAAACGGUAAGCCUGGCGAGCGAGGCCCCCAGGGCUCGGCAGGAGAGGCUGGUCGUCCCGGUAAGGCGGGCCCCACUGGUCUUCCAGGGUUCUGUGAGGCUGCAGCCUGCCUAGCUGCCUCUGCCUACACCUCCCCCAGACUACAGGACUCCGCCAGGGUCAAGGGCCCCGGAGUCUAACCUAUGACCUCUCCAUCAAGAGCCCCACAACACCAGGAGGGAGAGAGAGAGACAGACAGAAGAGAGAGAGGAGGGAUAGAGGAGAUAGAAAGAGAGAGACCACUCUCCUUCAUUGGAUACCAUUGAGAGCGAGAAGUGGGGGCAAUACGAUCGUGAGUGGUGUUGUCCCCUGACCCCUAAACUGACGACCUUCAGUUCUACUGUUUAGAGACUCUGUUUGCAACACAUACCACGCCCACCCACUUUAAAUCACCAUGAUGACAGCCACUCACAGCCAAUUACAUUCCUCUGAAUUUAUCAUCUCUGGUCAAGGAUUGGCGGAUGUAAAUGUCUGUCACGUCCAACUGCCCCACCCCCACCACAGAGGGAGAGAGAGUGAGAGAGAGACGUAGUGACAUCUGAAUAUCAUAUCCAGUGACAUCAUUGAUGAUGUCCUCAUCAGCCGUAACCCCUGGACUGGGAGGAGCAGAGAUAUACUUUGAGUCCAAUGAUUGGUGUUUUUGUUUUGUACCGUGGUCACUUUAAAUUGUAUUGAUUUAUAUCUGAAAUAUUAAUAUUUAAAUAUAUGUUUUGAAGCAAAUAAUGCAAGCAUAUGCCCACCUCCACUCCCCACCAAACAAGAAGUGCCGUACAAGUGUACACAAAGGUACCAAUAAAAUAUUCAAAUCAAAAUCCACACUCCAUACCGUACCUUUGGAAGAUGUAUUGCUAAACCUGUCACCUGUAUGCUUGAGUGAAAUAGUGAAACCCCCUUUUUUGCCUCACAUGUACAGUGCCACCCCUGUCUACUUUCGCCUCAUUUAGAAACAAAUGAUUUCCGUAGAUUUGAUCUCUUCCUGUAGUUGCCUGGCAACAGCAUAUCCUGAUGGGCACUCCCAUCUAUCUCCCAUAAUUCAGUGCUGUAAAUCUUUGUAAAUGUGUGUUGAUUUUAUGUAGAGAAAAAAAAGAGGAUGGGUUAGAAUGUGAACCGACCAAAACAACCCCUGUGUUAAUGAACCUAAUCAGCAAUAAAGUUUAAAAGUUCAAA